AGCCGGGAGGCGGUGGCCGGGGGGGCGCCGCAGCGCAUGCCGGGACUCGUAGUCCCUACCUCUCCUCAUGUCGGGCGCGGGAGGAGGGAAGAACUACGACUCCCGAAGAGGAGCGCAGCCCGCCCUGGCUCGGCGGCAGGAAGCUAGGCGGGGCGGCAGCGAUCCCCACAACAUCCGGGCCCCGGCACUAGAGAGGCUCCGCGGCCGGUUGCUAUGGAGACGGGCGGCUACCACCACUCUAAAGGAUUCGCGGUUUCACCCCGAGGGCGGCUCCCUGGAUUAGGCGGAUUAGUUGAUACCUAUUGAUCUAGCGGACGGUUCACGAUUUCUUUGUGGCUUUAAUUGGAUCUAGUAAAAAGGCUUCUCCUCAGCGCGCUCGCUGGUCUUCUUGCCAUCCGCUGCCGGGAAAGACUCCGUUUGCCGAAAAAAUAAAGAAGAUACCGAGAAUGACCGAGUACGACUGGGACAAGAAAUGUGCUUCAACUUCAAAUUCAGGCACAGAAGUGAAACCUGAACAAUUUCCUCCUUGUGUGAACCCUGGCAAUCCUGUGUUUUCAUGUAUGUUGGACCCAAAGACACUCCAUACAGCUACCUCACUAUCAAAAUCUAAGAUGAUUAUGUAUAAAACCAAUUCAUGUAAUUAUGGUGAAUUUUUACCUAUGCCACAGUUUUUUCCCUGCAGUUAUACUCCAAGGGAGCAAGUAUUUUCAAGCCACAUUAGAGCUACUGGAUUUUAUCAAAAUAACUCUCUAAACACUACACCUGAUAGAACCAGAACCCUUGACUUUCCUAAUUUUCAACAUACUCUAUGAAAAUAUAUUCCUUUGUAUAUUUAAGAGAAAGUAUACUCAGGAAAAAUGAGUUUUAAAUCUAAGGCUAGAAUACCUAACUUGGAACAUAAAAGUAUUUGAAUUAGUUAAA